AUGUCCUCUUCCGUCGGUUCAUCGAGAUAUGUGGAUGUGAAUGGUGAAGCACACGUCCCAGUAAGCACCACCGACGAACUAGAUCCAAGUCUAGCUGGAGGUUUUCGUGUUAUCUACGACCGAGAAACACCAUUUGAGCUGAGAAUUCAGGAUGCCGAUAAUACUCCCCAACAGAUUGGAACUCUUGAAGCUAUCAAAGUUAAGAUUUUAAUUCUGGGAAGUGACACCGAUAUACACGUGGUUCGCGUCGAGCUGUCGACUGAGAGUGACUUGUUCUUCCUAUACACGCACACAUGCGACUUGGAGAGUUUCCAGGCCAUGCAGGAGCAGCAGAAGCUCAUGGUGGACUUCACAGACUACGCCAAUGUGUUGAUCCGCAUGCUCAAUAACUGCAUCAAAGAGCCUCACAACCACCUCGCAGUGUACCUCAUGCAGGUGGACGGUCGAGCUCGACUGGACUUUAUCCAGAACAUGGAGUACAAGUUCAUCGAACUGCUGUCCGUCGACUUCGUACGCGCUUCCGAAGUCACGAUUCGACAGCAUAUUACCUUCCGCUACACCUCCAUGAAGUCGCGUCUUCAAGUGCUGCAGACACGACUCCAUGAGGUCAACAACAUCGUCAAGACCAAGAAUCCAUCGUUACUCCUGCAGCUCCAGAAGGCUGUUCCGUCACCGUCGUCCAGGAACCGCUAUCUCACGCAUUGA